AUGGAAGAAAUAUUUAAUUUAACAAGUGGCAGCUUGGAUCAAAUCGAUCAAAGUAAAACGGAAAUCCACAGUCAUGAAAAUGAUCCUUCCUAUUAUGCUUCAUCUUCUCAUCCUCGAAAUAAUAUUCCUCACACAAAUUUAAUUCAUCAACAAGAACAUCCAUCAAGCCACAUUCUCGAAAAAAGGAAAGAAUUAUUAGAAUAUGAUCCGGAGCAAAUCAGAGAAGAGCUUUCAAAAGAUGAAAAUGGAUAUCAAAAGAAGCGAUGUGAAUUAAUUGUGGAUGUACUGUCUAGAUUAAUACAUGGUAUUGGCUUCGAUAUCGAAACACAGAUUAAAUUUAUGGAUAAAUUCAUCGAAGAUACUCAGUUGUUUUUAGAGAAAAUGAGAAAAACGAACGAAAAAACAAAAGAAAUUAUUUUCAUGAUGGAUAGAAAGGAUUAA